UCAACGCUGCGGCUUCUUGCUGCUGCUGAGUGUCUCGCGGGCUGAGCUAACACCGCGGUACCGGCGGCCGGAGGGGCGGAGGGUGGGGGAAGCGAGGAGGGGAAAUAAUCCCUAAAUUACCACAUCUAAAAUAAUGGCGGAGGCUAAUCCGCACAGAGGAAUACCCAGGAUGCGGAGGACCGCGGCAUCGUUUCCGGGAAACCUCCACCUGGUCCUGGUGCUCCGGCCAACCAGCUUCCUCCAGCGCACUGCCACAGACAUCGGCUUCCGCUUCAGCCAGGAGGACUUCAUGCUCAAGAUGCCGGUGGUGAUGCUCAGCUCUGUCACAGACCUGCUGCGCUACAUUGAUGAGAACCAGCUCACAUCAGAGUUUGGUGGAACGCUGGAGUAUUGCCACAGCGACUGGAUCGUCCUCCGCACGGCCAUUGAGAGCUUUGCAGUCACAGUGAAGGAGAUUGCUCAGAUGCUGCAGGGAUUUGGCACAGAGCUGGCUGAGACAGAGCUACCGGAUGAGGGAAAUGCCAUUGACUAUCUCCUUAUGUCCCACACUGACAAAUACAGGCAACUGAAGGAUGACAUCAGGUCAGUGAUCAGACAGGGGCGUCACCUCCUCUCCAGCCUGGAGGCCUCCAAGAACGCGGGCUCUGGUGAGCCGAGGGAUGUCAACCAGGACUGGGAGACAGUGCAGAGGCUGCUGGCCCAACUGCGGGACAUGGAGAUGGCCUUCGAUGAAUUCUUUGAGAAACAUCACCUGAAGCUGAAGCAAUACCUGCAACUUCUGAGAUACGAGCAAAGCUUUCACGAGAUGGAGUCCUCUCUGGAAAAGCUAUCAGCCCAAGUGCGGGGCAUUGUUACUGUAGCGGCCACUGUGGCCCAGACAGAGCAGCUGAUUAAAGACCUGGACAAUCUGAACACACGGGCAGAGGAUGAUAUGGGUCGUGCACAGAUCAUCAUCCUGCAUGGGCACCAGCUGGCUGCCAGCCACCACUACGCCAUGGCUCUGAUCGUACAGCGCUGUAAUGAGCUGCGCCACCUCUGUGAUGUAUUGACCACUGCCCUGAGAACCAAACGGGCUGCCUUGAAUCGAACCCAUGACCUGCUGGUUCGCUUGGAAGAGGUCCUGCGUUGGUGUGAUGAGGGAGCCUACCUCUUGGCCAGUCAGCUGGUGGAUAAGUUCCAGUCCAAGGAAGGGGCGCAGGCCGCUCUGCGGGACAUUGAGAGGUUCCAGGAGGGGGCCCCCCCUCCCCUCAGUGCAGGCCCCGAUGUUCUCAGUCUGGAGUUUGAGUCUGUCCUCACCCCCCAGCUGCAGGCUCAGAUCGGGGUGGCCCAUGACAAGUUCUCCAGCAUGCAGGGGAUGAUCCAGAACCGGCAGGUGUGCCUUCGGAAGCUGGCCGACGUGCAGGUGCGGCCAGUCCAGCUGGUGGCACCCCGCCCAGAGAACCCGCCUCGCUCCAAAUCACCUCUCUUCUCCCCGAAGCAUGGUGUAGACUUCAAUUCCAGCUUAAAGUUCUCCUUUGACCUCUCUCUGCCAGGCAAGAGGGCUUCUCGGAAAGGUCCAAACUCUAGGAAGAUAGAGGUGAUGCAUGACUACGAGGAGAAUCGAAGCUCUCUGUCCUAUGCUUUGGAGGGGGAGGAGAGCCCUGCCCUUCUGAAGCGCCACGUAAUGAAAGAGCUGAUUGAGACGGAGAGAAUCUAUGUGGACGAGCUGCUCUCUGUUCUGCUGGGCUACAGGGCUGAGAUGGACAACCCUGCCCUCUUUGGCCUCCUGCCUCCCCUCCUGCGCAGCAAAAAGGAGAUUUUGUUCGGAAACAUGCCUGAGAUCUACAAAUUCCACAGCAGGAUCUUCCUGCAGGAUCUGGAGGGCUGCCUGGAGACCCCGGAGCGGGUGGGAGCUUGCUUUCUGGAGAGGAAGGAGAAUUUCCAGGUGUACGAGCGCUACUGUCAGAACAAGCCACGCUCUGAGUCACUGUGGAGACAGUUUUCCGACUGUGCCUUCUUUCAGGAGUGUCAGAAAAAGCUGGAGCAUAAACUGGGCUUGGACUCUUAUUUACUCAAACCAGUGCAGCGCCUGACCAAAUACCAGCUUCUGCUGAAGGAGCUACUUAAGUACAGUGUUGGCUGUGAGGGGUUCUCUGAGCUACAGGGGGCGCUAGCAGCAAUGCUGGACCUCCUCAAGUCUGUUAAUGACUCCAUGCACCAGAUUGCCAUCACAGGCUAUGAGGGGGCGCUGAGCGACCUGGGCCGGGUGCUGAUGCAGGGCUCCUUCAGUGUGUGGAUCAGCCACAAGAAAGGCCCCACGCGGAUGAAGGAGCUGGCACGCUUCAAGCCCAUGCAGCGACACCUCUUCCUGCACGAGAGGGCGCUGCUCUUCUGCAAGCGCAGGGAGGAGCACGGAGAGGGCUACGAAAAAACUGCCUCCUACAGCUUCAAACACUGCCUCAGGAUGAGUGCAGUGGGGAUAACAGAAAACGUGAAGGGCGAUGUCAAGAAAUUUGAGAUCUGGUACAGUGGCAGAGAGGAAGUCUACGUGGUGCAGGCCCCAUCAGUUGAAGUGAAGCUUGCCUGGCUCAAUGAAAUCCGCAAAAUACUCACCAACCAGCAGAAAGUGCUCCAAGAUGACUCCAUUCCCCCUUCCCCAGUGCCAGAUCAGUCCCAGCUGUCCCCACCCCUGUCUGACAGUAUCUUGGUGUGCACUUCCUGGAGCCCCUCCCCCCUCUCUGGCUGCUCAGCUUGUUUUGAUGUCCCUCCUCACAGCAAGCUGCAGAGUGCCUCCUACAGCUCGGAGGAGACAGAGUCGGGCCGCACCAGCCCGGUCCUGACGGACCCGGUCAUCUCGUCACCUCAGCCGCAGCUGAACCGGCGCAGCUGGCCCGGUGCCUCUCAAUCUGUAGAUAUCUGCGAGGGGCUGGAGGACUGGAGUGGAACCACAGAUCUCUCAAAUCUGUCUGACACUGAGGAGGAGGAUGCUCCUCAGCUGAUUCCAGACAAGUACAGGGCCGUGGCAGAAUGUCAACAGUGUGGGCCUGAUGACCUCAUAAUCAAGUGUGGUGAUGUCAUCCAGCUUUUGCAGGAAGAUGGUGAAGGGCAGUGGCUGGUGAGGAACGUGACCCGCAGGCAGGAGGGCCGGAUCCUAGCGGAUACCCUGCAGCUAAUCCUGGGAGAGAGCUGCAGGGGACACUCUAGCAGGCUGGGAGACCCAGGGAAUCUGAAAACAAGGAAGCUCAGCUCUCCCUGAAAGACUGAUGUGCCAAUGCCCUGCACUCUGCACGUUACAGCAGACUAACAGGGACUCAAAGAGACCGUAAGAUCAUCCUGCUAUUCUUUCAAAGAAACUCACUUCUUACUUAGCCAAUCCUUAUCAAAACAUUUUAAUUGUCUUCUCAAGAGCAAAGAAAGCCUGCCAUUCAAGAGAACCUUGUUUAACUGUUAGAGGUGGAGGUGGAUAGUUUCACCCUUUGAUCACAAGCAUCAUUUGGAUCCCAACAAUGGAGAAAGGAGGAACCAUUGUUCCUCAUCAGGGAAUUUCCAUGCAAAUACUAUGAAAGAGGACUCCCAAGUGAAGACACAGUUCAUCACAGUUCUGCUCUCUAAGUUUGUCUUUGUCUUGAAUCAAGAGUAGGUCCCUGCCGGUAACCAGAAUUACUUAAGUAAAUCAACAAGUAAAUAACAAGCUGUAUAAAUAGAUAUAAAGACUGGAACUCAUUCGGAAUAAGGGUAUUUACCACAUAAAUCAUACAAUGUAGUGUGGCCACAGGUCUCGCCCCUCCAAUCUCACACCUUCACCCCAGGAAGCAGCCACCAGGUAGGUAGGCUAGAGGAAAGGGACAUCUCAAAAUGUCUUUGAUGUCCUCUGGUUGGACCCAGUGGACUGGCAUUACUCAAACCCACAGCACAUACAGUAAAGACAGCACAAGCUCUUCAACCCCAUGACAGCAGAAUUCUCCAAACACAGCGUGCCUGGAUCAGUGGGAGAAAGCUCUCCAGCAUGGUCAUUAAAGGCCCUUCGGACUCACUGGACCUAAUCAAGCACAUUGUUUUUGUAGUAUUACAGAAAGAAAGCUCCUCAACUGAGUGGCCCAGUUUGGGACAUCAAGUCACCCUGUGCUCAGCCUAUCAUGACAACACAGUGCCCUGUCUGGGACUGUACAUUACCUCUCGAACUCUACACCAUUAACCUUCUUGUAGUGGACUAGAAGUCAUGUAAUUCACCGCCAUGGUGGACACAUGUCUGCAGCUCCUUAACAAUGGCAGGAGGGAGUGUGUUCAAUCUUGAGGUAACAUCCUCCUCAAGCAGACUGCUCUUAAGGUUUUUUCUUCCUUUUUUGUGUUUUCAGCUUUCUUAUAAACAAAUGCUGUUAGUGUGUAGUUCACUUGAAUGUUGGUCUUUGUUAGUCUUGAACAAAUCACUCUAUUUUCUUACUGUAUACCCACCAUACAAUAGCUCCAUUCCAGGAGGGAAGAGUUUACAUGCCAAAACAUG